CCGCGAUAAAGCGAGGUGUCCCGAAUCGGAGCGUGGGAAGCGAUGGCGGCCGCGGCGCUGCGAGGCGGGCGGCGCUGGGGCCGGGGCUGGGCGGCCGCGGGGCGCCGGGCCGCGGGGGGGUCCGCGCAGCUCCGCGACAUGCGGGCGGCCCUCCGCAAGAUCAUUGACAAGGAGAUUAAUCCCUUUGUGGACAAGUGGGAAGAAGAAGGACAGUUCCCAGCACAUAAAGUAUUUAAAACCCUGGGACAGGCUGGAUUCCUUGGUGUGGAUAAGCCAACAGAAUAUGGCGGCAUGGGCUUGGACUUCUCCUAUAGCAUUGCAGUGGCAGAAGAGCUGGGAAAUAUCCGCUGUGGAGGUGUUCCUAUGGCUAUUGGAGUACAAGCUGCCAUGGCUACUCCUGCUCUUGCAAGAUUUGGUUCUGAGGAAUUGAAAAAACAGUUCCUUGUACCUACUAUAGCUGGAGAUGUUGUGGCUUGCUUGGGAGUAAGUGAAACCGGAGCGGGGUCAGAUGUCGCAAGUAUCAAGACAACAGCUGUAAGAAAAGGUGAUGAGUAUGUCAUAAAUGGUGGUAAGAUGUGGACUACAUCAGGGUGCCAAGCGGACUGGAUGUGCCUACUGGCAAACACCAGUGAAGGACCUCCUCAUCGAAAUAAGUCUCUCAUAUGUCUGCCGAUGAAUCUGCCUGGCAUUCAUGUUGCUAAAAAGAUAGACAAACUAGGCAUGAGGUCAUCGGACACAGCUCAGAUCUUUUUUGAAGACGUAAGGGUCCCUAGCAAAAACAUCAUCGGUGAAGAAGGAAUGGGUUUUACAUAUCAGAUGUUGCAAUUCCAAGAAGAGCGGCUGUGGGGCGUAGCCAGUGUCCUGACAGCAAUGGAAAAUAUAAUACAAGAAACUAUUGACUACACUCGCCAGCGAAAAGUGUUUGACCGCUCUGUCCUGCACAACCAAACCGUGCACUUCCGCCUGGCUGAGCUGGCAACCGAAGUGGAGCUACUUCGUUCGCUGCUGCACCGUGCUGUUGCUCUCUAUGUGGAAGGCAACGAUGUGACAAAAUUUGCUUCUAUGGCUAAGCUGAAGGCAGGUCGUCUGACCCGUGAAGUGUCUGAUAGUUGUCUCCAGUUUUGGGGAGGAAUGGGCUUCACCAACGAGGUUCUGGUGAGCAGGUGUUACAGAGACAUGAGAUUAACAUCAAUAGGAGGUGGCUCAGAUGAAACCAUGCUUUCCAUCAUAUGCAAAUACAUGGAAAUACUUCCCAGCAAGUGAUGCAUCUCAACUCUUCCUUGAAAAUUAAGCAAACAAGAACACAGUUUGUACUGCACACUGAAGGUAACAGCCAGUAUGUGUCUUAAGGGUCAAAUAAAUAGAAAACAUAACUAAUUUUGCCAACAAAAUACUUGUCAGGGUCCUUGGCCAUUAUCUCUCUACAUGUUCCCCAAUGUUUCAAGUUUCUGUUGAUAAGAAGUCUGAAAGCACGUGGCCUCUGCAUUUUUUCCCAUUUCUUUUCAAUGGUUUACUGCUUUGGUGGGUCUAGUGAUCCCCAGUAAGCACCUUCCUGUCUUCUUUAAUUCAGGUGUAUCUACAUUUUAGAGCACCUAGGCCACCACUUAAGAAACAUAACUUCCAUAUGGAUACAGUUAUGAUUUCACUAGUAGAUUAAUCUAAUUUUAGUGUAAUUUUGCUUUUAAGAGCAAUAAUUAAGGCACAACUUAUUCCCUGCCAUGUCCAAAUACUGGAGCACUGAUUUUGCUCUCAAUUGCAAGUACCUUCCCUAUCUUUCACUUUUAAUCAAAAUAAGUUCUGUCAUCUUCGUAAAGUUCAUAUUGACUUGUACUACUCUGUCAUGGAUGUUUGGUGGUGGGAGUACGGGUUGAUUUUUAUUUGUAGAAUUCUACAAACAACUGUUUAAUUGUAUCUGACAACUGUUCGGAGCCCUGAACUUCAGCACUAAGGUAUCAUUUUUUGUGUGUAAUUAUUAAAGAUAAACAUUAAAAAUAAACAUGUUAAGAUGAAAAUUGUAAGAUGAAAAUUGUAAUUACUUAGGCUCUUCCUAAUCAGCCAGGCAAGACAGCCUGUAUUAUUGCAGGAAAAAAAGCUUCAGUGGAAUUGUCAUUCUAACCAAAUGGAUAUGUUGAUGAAGCAUUAACUAAGGAAUCUCCAUGAUACUGUGAGGUUAAUAGCUUGGUAGUGAAAAGAUGAUAUUUCCUUACACCUGGAAACAAUCUGUAUGGUUGCUACAUAAGAGCCUGUUACAUUAAACAGAGAAAUGCAAUACAUCAAUAUUGUAUGAAAAAAAUGUUCAAAAGAUAUUUAAAAAAAAGAAUAAUCAUAACUGCGGUAUUCUUAUGUAGUUGCUAUUAACUGCAACUUUGUAAAGUACAAUUAAUGCUACCAAUAUCUUUCUAUCGUACCCACUGCACAGUGCAUUUUAUUCAACAAGGUCAUAUUAUAGCAUGCUGAAAUAUUGCUAACUAUUUGUGAAUUUUAAAUCCUGUAAAAUAAAAGUAGUACUUUUUUUACCAGAAAAUGACCGGUAGAGCAAGCACUAAUGCUGAGGAAAAUUCUAAAGCUGCAACACAUGGCUCCCCGAAACUGCCAUUUCUCCUUCCCUAAGUGGAACAUUCUCAAAGCGAUGUCAUCUUCAAAUAAAAUUCCCUUAAGCAUUCUAAGCAAACCUGCAGGAUUCCAGUUCAGAGUUUAAACUGAAAAUUGUCCUU